AUGGGAAAGCGAACAAAGAAGGCACCAAAGCAGAAACGCAAGCUUGCAAUGGCUGACCGUCCCAGAAAACUAACAAAGAAGGGCAAAGUGAAGCGAAAGCGUGGCGACCUCAGUAUGAUUCACAGCCGCGAUGUUAGCUUCUCGGUAAAGCAGAAGAAAGGAGGAAAAUGGGUCAAGACGGGUGAGAGACGCUGCAACAUUCACACUGUGUGCAACUGCGUGAGCCGCACGGACCCUUCGAAGAUGACGCGUGUAACGAACCGAUAA